AGGGAGGCAGCUGGUGGCUGGUAAAUAAUUCAUCAGGACAGCUGAUAGUGCCUCCCCAAGUCCGCCAGCCAGCUCUGGCUCAGGCCCCUUCUCCCUUCCCUUCCCUCCUUACUUCCUUCCGCCCAAACCAGCCUGACCAGCUCUCCUGGUGACCGAAGCAGCCCCCCACCCCCACCUGUCGUCCCCAACCUCCCCGGGCACCUGCUGCCCAGCUGGGCAGCCCAGCCCACAGGCAAGAUGGCCCUACAGAGCCAGGGUUUGCCCCCCAGCGGGUGGACCCCAGCAAAUCCGAUGCCCAUGGUCGAGAGUGCCCUCUACCGUCAGCGUCUGGAGGUCAUUGCUGAGAAGAGGCGGCUUCAAGAGCAGAUCUGCGGAGCGCGGAGGGAGCUAGAGGAGGAAAAAUUGAGAGUGCAACGACUAAAGAGGAAGUCCCUUCGGGAGCGAUGGCUGAUGGAUGGGACAGCUGAGGGACCUGAGGACGCUGAGCCAGAGGCGGAUCCCCAUUCCCCCCAGGGCCAGGCCCAGGCCAGAAUCCAACACUUGGAAGAUAGUCUGUUCACACUCCAGUCACAACUCCAGUUACUACAGAGUGCAUCGACAGGUGCCCAGCACAAGACUUCUGCCUGGCCUACCUGGCGCCGACAGGUAUCCCGUUCUCUCUCUCAAACUGCCAUGGAGCCAGGUUCUGAAGGCAAGGAAGAUCUUGAGAAGCGAGCCUCUCUUCCUGUCAUGCCAGACGUUUCCACACCUGAACCCUCUACCUCAAGGAUCCCCAAGGAGGGGGGAGAAGCAGCCACAACUCCCCAAGAGCCAAAGGAAGAGGAGGUGUCCACAGCAGAUACUGUCGAGGCCAAUGGUCCAUGCCCAACACCCACCCCUGUGGGGCUAGAGCCAACUCAGAAUCAGGUGGACACAGUAGAAGACAGAAGUCCAGGAGCAGGAGAUGGGGUGGACAUCUCUGGAGGAACAGUCCAGGGACCAGACAUAGUAAAGGUAGAGUGGGAUGGGCUGAGGUUCCUGGAGGAAAGUGCCAGAGAGGCCCCCGCAUGUACAGAAAUGGGGAAGGCAAAAGAACAGGAGGUUGAAGAGAUAGUUUUAGAAGUGAUAGGGGACCACCAGAUAGCAGGAGAUCCAGAGCUUCCUGAAUGGAUGACCAAGGACAGAAGGGUCCAGGAAGUGGAGGAAAUAGUUCUAGAGGCAAUGAAGGGCCGGUCAAUGAUGGAAGCCUCAGAACUCCCCAAGUGGGUGACCAAAGACAGGGGCAUUGUCGAGGUAGUUUGGGAGGGACUGGGGGGAAUUGAUGGCAGUGACACGGGGGACUCAGAAGAGAUGGUUAGAGGGGAAACAGUCGCAGGCAGCCCUGCUAGCUCAGGGCUAGAACCCAAAGAGCAAGGCUCUGGGAGGAGUCCCGAGCUGGGAGACCAAGGAGAGGGCUCUUUCAUCUGGGUAGAGAGGGUAGUCAUCACUGAAGACUGGGAGGAGGUACUGGUGGAAGAAUCAGAAGGAACUUCCAAGGAAUCAAAAGAAGGUGAGGCAGGGAAAAUCUCGCAGCCAGGGAAGGAAGAGGAAGGGGAGAAAGAACAGCUGGGAACAGAGAAAGAAGGAGAGGAGAAACAGCAUUUGGAGACAGAAAAGCAAGGGUCAGAAGGUGAGACAGAGGAAGUCCUUCAAAAGGAUGGUGAGAAAGAGAUACAUACAGCAGAGGAAGUGAAGGGGGAUGAGGAGCAGCUGGGGGAAGGAAAGGAAGAAGAGGAAAAAGAAGAGAGAGAGAGAGAAGAGGAAGCAGAGGGAGAAAAGCAGCUUGAAGGAGAAGAGGAAGAGAAAAAACAGCAGGGGUCAAAGGAGGAGGAGGAAAGGGAGAGGGAAGGAGAAGUAGAAAAGGAAACUCUUGAAGAGAAGGAUCCAGAGGAAGAAAAGGGGCCUGACUCUGAGGAGAAAGGGGAGCAAGAACAGGAGAUGAAACAAGCUACCCAGAGUGAGGCAGGUCCAGAACCGCAGGCUGAAGCAGCCACAUCAGCUCUGGGUGAGUCCCAGGCUCCAGCUCCAUCCCUAGAGCAGCUACCAGCCCCUGAAGUGGGGCCCCCAGAACGCCAGCCCCUACUGCAGCCAGCUACACGCACUGUGAACCCUGCUAGCCGCCCUGUGCCCACCUAUACGCCUGCCCAACGGGCUGAGCCUCCACCUGACAGUGAGCAGGCCAGCGGCUCCAAGCAGACAUGCCAGUGCUGUGUUGUGAUGUAA